AUGAUUCAACCAGAUGGUAGAAACAAAGGUGUUGCACAUGAAGAUUCAAACUGUUUGCAGAGUCUAAUUUGGAAUGCACGAUUAGAUGUUGCUGAAGAAUGUCGUAAACAGCAUGCAGAUAUUGAACGAGCCAAUCAAGCAUUGUAUCUUUUGGAUAAGUUGGAAAUCGGUAAACAAAAGGAGUGUGUUUCUCCGGAUAGAGUAUGUGGGUUUGACCUUUUGGACGAAAUAUAUGAUGAAUUGUAUCAGUAUACCGCUUUGGUAGAAAAUUUUAUCGUUUCAGUUAAGCAUGACACGACAUCUUCAGCUCCAUCAGAUCAGCCUACUGGUUCCAAAAAUCUGGCCUUCACUUCUACAAAUACAGUCCAUAUCCCAGCAAAAUUAUCUAAUUACGUGUCAGGAUGUUGUUCUAAUCAUGUUUGUGAAACUUUAAAAAAAACUGCUCAAGCUCUUCAAAAUAUUCAUAAUGAUCAACUGCGCUGUGCUAGUGAGCCGGGAUCAAUGAUGCAUCUCGCUCAACCUUUGACAAAUGCACUUCAGAAACCACCUUUCUUAUCUUCACAGAAGCCUGGAUCUUCUUCACACUCCUUACACGCAACGGCACAGAAUCUCAUAGGAUUAUUGAAACGCGAUAUUCCUGGAUUCCACAAUACAGCUUUAUCAAUUCUUAGUAGUAAUCGGGAUAAUUACAUCUCUGCAUUUUUUGUAGCACUUGAUCGUUAUGAUGAUCGUAUACAUUCAAAGAUGAAGCUGCUUCUUGAGAAAUAUGAUUCAUUAUAUAGUAAUACAAACUGUGGUGCGAUUAUUUGCGAAAUCGAUCACUUGCACAAAUUGAGCCGCUCUGUGGAAAGUAAGCGUGAUCAGUUGCUGGAGUUGUUACGCGAACCAUCUUACCAUCCUUCGAAUUGUCCACCGUUGCGCCAAAUAAAAUCUUUGUACACAGCCUUCUCAUCAAGUUCAAAAAGAAAUUAA